UCAAUUUUGGGUUGUUGGAUCUGUCUCCCUCUGGUCAGGAGAGUUGAACAGUGAGAGUCGUACUGAGGGAGGUGCAUCUCUGCGACUGCGAGAGACUCUUCUUAGUUGAAUCCGCCACCAUCCUCAAGGUUUCUAAUGCUCCAUAGUCAUCAUGCGCUCGCUUCUCUUCUCCCUCCGCCGCGUAACUCUACUCCCAAGGCAUCGUCAUCAACCUCCUCACGCUUUCUCUCCCAUUCGUAACCCUUUGAUCCCGAUCAAUCCCACCUCUUCCUUUCCUCACCUUCUCUCGUCUUCUUCCUUCUACUCUUCUUCUUCGCAUCACAAUGGAGACGCCAAGGUUGCUGGGCCUCUGGUGGAGUAUGAACGCAGAAUCGUAGCUGGAGAGCUAUUAGAUGGAGACUUAUGUCAGCUUGGUACUUUAAGAGAGCUUCAGAGACUCUACGACGAGCUUGUUCAAUCCGCUGAUGAUUGUCGACUUGAUCGUUAUUCUGCGUCCGCUAAAUCCACUAGGAGUAAUUGGUUCUGGAACAAGUUUGUGUCUCCUCAAUCUUCUGUCUCUCCUGUUAAAGGGUUAUACCUUUAUGGAGGUGUUGGAACUGGAAAGACUAUGCUCAUGGAUCUGUUUUUUCAUCAGUUGCCAAGUAGUUGGAGAGCACAAAGGAUUCAUUUUCACAAUUUUAUGCUAAGUGUUCAUAGCCGCCUCCAGAUGCACAAGGGUCUUGAAGAUCCACUUGAAGUCGUUGGCUUGGAAAUCGCUGACGAGGCUAUAUUACUAUGCUUAGAUGAGUUCAUGGUCAAUGAUGUAGCUGAUGCUUUGAUACUAAACCGUCUCUUUAGACAUUUGUUUAACAAUGGCAUUGUUCUUGUUGCUACAUCCAACCGUGCGCCAGAUAAUCUCUAUGAAAGGGGUUUACAGAGGGAUCUAUUCCUUCCGUUUAUCGCCGCACUAAAGGAAAGAUGUGUGGUUCGUGAAAUUGGUUCAUCGGUAGACUAUCGGAAGCUGACCUCUGCUGAAGAGGGAUUCUACUUCAUUGGAAGGAAUAUUUCUGGCCUUCUUAAACAGAAGUUUCAGCAAUUGGUUGGCGAUGAACCGGCCGGUCCUCAAGUGGUUGAAGUAGUAAUGGGAAGGAAGUUGCAGGUUCCACUGGCUGCCAAUGGGUGUGCCUACUUUCUUUUUGAAGAGCUGUGUGACAGACCCUUAGGCGCAGCAGAUUAUCUCGGAUUAUUCAAGAAAUUUCAUACUUUGGCUCUGGAAGGUGUACCCAUGUUCGGGCUCCACAACAGGACUGCAGCUUACCGUUUUGUAACGCUGGUUGAUGUGAUGUAUGAAACCAAAGCCAGGCUCCUAUGCACAGCAGAGGGUAGCCCUCUAGAACUGCUGGAGAGUAUAGUGACAAUAGCUGAUGCGCAGCAAAUAGCACCAAGAACCUCUUCAAGAUCAAGGAAGAGUGAUGAUAUCGACCUAUGCGUGGACAACGAGCUUGGUUUUGCUAAAGACAGGACCAUUAGCAGGUUAACAGAGAUGAACAGCAAAGAAUACUUGGAACAACACUCAACAAUGUUGCAGGAGAAACAGCCUUCUUUGUAGUUUUAUAUAGCGUGAUUGGAAAUGCCAUCACGAACCUGUUGUAAUAUUGUUUACCGAACAUAUGAUCUCAGUUUAUCCUUUUGACAUUAAUCAUCUCAUAAUAAAAUGUGUUGUAGCACAGACU